CUGAUUGCUUAAGACAUCGUGGAAUUCUCAAGACAGAGUAGACCUUCCGCCAAACUCUGCUAUCUAAAUUGUUUUUUGUAGUUGUAGAGAUGGCUGUUCACCUCUCAGGGGCUACUGCUUUUGGCCUUUUAGGAAACAUCAUUUCCUUCUUGGUCUGCCUUGCUCCCUUGCCGACAUUUUAUCAAAUUUAUAAGAAGAAAUCAACAGAAGGGUUUCAAGCAGUUCCUUAUGUGAUUGCUCUCUUUAGUGCCAUGCUUUGGAUAUACUAUGCACUCAUUAAAGGGAAUGCUAUGCUUCUCAUCACUAUCAACACUUUCUGUUGCGUCAUAGAGACCGGCUACAUUGCUGCCUACCUCUUUUUUGCACCAAAGAAAGCUAGGAUCGUGGCUCUCAAACUUUUUCUCCUUUUCAAUGUAUUUGGGUUUGGUGUGGUUUGCCUCCUAACUCUUCUUUUAGCAAAAGGUGCCAGCCGUAUCAAGAUUCUUGGAUACAUAUGCAUGGCUUUUGCUCUGAGCGUAUUUGUUGCACCUCUUUGCAUCGUGAGGAAAGUUAUACGAACCAAGAGCGUUGAGUUCAUGCCAUUUCCUUUAUCAUUUUUCCUAACGUUAGGUGCAAUCAUGUGGUUCUUCUACGGUUUUCUGAUUAGGGACUUGAACGUUGCUAUUCCAAAUGUAAUAGGGUUUAUCUUCGGUGUUCUUCAAAUGGUGCUUUACUUGAUCUAUAAAAACUCUAAGAAAGUGCUCAAUCAACAACCAAAACUUCAGGAAUUAUCAGAACAUAUAGUUGAUGUCCUCAAACUAAGCACAAUAGUGUGUUCAGAACUGAUGACUCCAGUGGUUCCGCAACUGAAUGCCGUUGAAAAUGAAGUUAUAAUUGAGGAUCAAACAAUGUUGACGAAACAAAUUGAAGAAAUUACCAAGGCCAAGCAAAUCAUAGAUCCUUCCACUUAAGUUUAGCUAAUGACCGAGUAUCCAUGUGGGUAUUAAUUUUCUGAUUCACUGUUUAUCGAAUAUGUAAGUCCAAAGUCCUUAGUCUGUCACAUAAAAAAAUAAUCUUUGUGGAACUGUAAUUUCUGCUUUAUUGUAAAAAUGAAUAUCCAAAAAAUUUAUGUGGGCAA